CGCUCAGACCCAGCGUCUCAUUACCUUUCUAAUACAGUCUAUAACUGAGGCUCUUUGUGUCCUGUAAAGUCCAGCAGUCAAGGUGUUCCUCUGUAUUUGGGCUCAGCAACACAAAGAUAAGGAGCAAUGGCUGUGGCUAACUUCCAAUACAUAACUCGGAUGAGCAGUGGCUUCAAGGUCUACAUUUUAGAAGGUCAGCCUCAUCUCAGAAGCGAAGACAGAUACAGACAUAUGACACACGACCGGGCUCGAACCCAAACGGUGUAUCCAAUCAAACGCAAGCGCAGCCACGAGAGAGGUCUGACUUUGGAGGAAAGACGAGAGCGAGCGAUGAGCCGAAGCAGGCUGGCCCAGAGAGCAGCCCCAGCAGCGAUCAGCAGCCAGCAGAGUCCAACACAAACCCUGAGUCCAACACCCAGCCCCACCAGCCCUCUGCCCACCCAUGUGUACUACACACCAGUCAUGGAUGAACCCCUUGCCCUCAUCAAGAAACCCAGAAAAGAAACUGAAAGCGCAGAGGAAAAGAAUAAAGGCACCUCUUCCAGUCAAAUCCAGAUACGUCCCUCUGUGAUCACUUGCGCCUCCUCGUUACGAAACCCCUCUUCAAGAUCCGUGGGCCACUCAUCAGUGGUUCCCAAAGACAACUAUGAUAACGUCCUCGAGGAGCAUUUCCAGAGGAGCUUGGGUGUUCACUACCAGAAAGCUCAGUCCCGGCAGCUCUCCAUCAGCGUGUCCGUCGACGACCACUUUGCCAAGGCUUUGGGAGACAAGUGGCUACAGAUUAAAUCCAAGUCUUCCUCCUGUUCUUCCACACCGCCCAGCAGUCCAAGUGUCACUCACUCCCCCACCUACAGCCACAGCCCAAAUCUGUGCCGCAAAGAGUCCACAAGCAGCUCAGUGCUAACGCCCAGCCACUGGUCUGUCAAUUAAAGUAGAAACAGCAUCUGAUCCUGGUGGAAACUGGACUCUUUGAGACUUUUAACAUUUCACUGCCACUCUGCGACGGCUCUGCUGUCUGUCUGGCUGCAAAUGCCAGUGCAGGAGUUGACAGAGCGAGCUUACAGAUGCAGGAGUGCUGUCAAUUUGGAUCUCCGCCUCUACAAGCUUAAUACAGCAACACAAACAAAUGUAGCAUUAUUUGGGACAUCGACAUGUUUUGUUACAUUUCUAUCCUCCGCUUGCUUGAUAGCAUUUGAAAAGCUGAGAUAAUGUAGAUGGUGAUGUGGGAUGAUUGGGGAAAAAAAUCCUUUACAUUUCUUUUUGUAAAUGUGUCAUUUCUCUGAAUGCCAGUUUCACUGUAUUAUAUUUAUAAUCGAUACCCCUGGGUGCCUUACAGUCUAAGUGACUAGCCUAUCUGCUGUAAAAUGUGCUUUUAAACUGUACACAAACCAGACAAUUAAAAAGACCUAAAAUUCAUA